AUGGCUGCCGGAGCCGUCGCCGCUGGAGCUGGCGUGUUGGCUGUCGCUGCCCCGAUCGUUGUCACCGCGCCCAUCAUGGGCAUCGCUGGAGCGGCAGGCUUUACGCCAGCCGGAAUAGCCGCAUCCUCUCUGGCAUCGGCCGCUCAUGCCGGCAUGGGAACCGUUGGCGCCGGCAGCCUGUUCGCGACGAUGCAGAGCGCCGCCAUGGGGGGAUACGGAGUCGCGGUGCUGACGGGCGCUGCUCAGACUGCUGGAGGCGUUGUGGCCGGGGUGGGAGGGCUGGUGACGUUUAUGAGCAGCAAGCCGCAGUGCGAGCAAUCCAAGGAACAGCCGUCGGAUGAGCCGCCAGUGGACGAGCAAUCAUCGGACAAGAAGACGCCGGAGGACAAGUAG